AUGACCGUUCGAUGCAGCAUUCCGAUAAGCGAACAUCGUCGGAUUAGAUCAGCAACAUUUUCAAAAAUAGCCCUUCGAGAAACUUCUCUCAACUUCCAGUCCUCCCACUCAAGUCUGCGUAUUUUCAUUUUCCCCCUCUUCCCUUCCGUUCGUCGUCGCCUCCGCCUCCGCCUCCUCUCCUUCCGCCGCCACUGCCAUCUGCUCCUGCCAUCGCUGCCUCUCCCCAUCCUAGCGCCACCACAGCCUCCAUCUCCUCCUCUCCUCUCCUCUCCUCCAGUCCCCGCCACCACCACUCCAAACCGUCACCGCCGCCUGCUCCUCCCACUCCGUCGCCUCUUCCUGCUCGCCAUCCUUCCCUUUCUCUGCUUCCACCUCCGCCUGCCCCUAGCCACACGCCCACACCCCCUCCUCUUCCUCCUCAUCCCCAAUACCAACACAAACACCUCCUCCUAUUUGGGCUCGAUUCGGCAAUGGCGGGAGUGCCUCUUCUUAUCCUUCUCCAAGGACGAUUGCCAAUGGAAAGACAAGAGGUCCCUGGAACUACACCAUUAUAGAAAGUCUGUGGUGACUGAAAAGCCAGGCAGGCUGUUGGUUCAUGCUGUUCAGAAAUUGGAGUCACUGCAGGGAUGCAUACCUAGACAAAUGAAGCUCCUCAGCUAUCACCACAGGUUCUAUUAUGCUUUAGCUUUUCUUAGCUAUUACAAAGGAACACUAAGUUUCAAUGCUGUAACAUUUGCCCUGUGACCUGGGUCAUCGGUGGGAAAAGUAUGUGUGAAUGCAUAUAAACAAAUAUAUAGGGAGCAUGUAAGCAUUUUGAUUUAAAUUUGACCUCUCUGCUUUUAACAUAAGAGUUACAAUUA